AUGCCAAAGAGUUACAGAAAUUAUUCCAAAACUGCAAGAAACCCAAAGCGUCCCUUUGAGAAAGAACGUUUAGAUCAGGAACUGAAAUUAAUCGGGGAGUAUGGUCUUAAGAACAAGAGAGAAAUAUGGAGAGUUCAGUACUUACUGGCCAAGAUCCGUUCAGCAGCAAGGUAUUUAUUAACAUUAGAAGAGAAAAGCCCGAAAAGAAUUUUCCAAGGAGAGGCAUUAUUAAGAAGAAUGGUACGUCAAGGAUUAUUAGGUGAGAAUGAAGAAAAGUUAGAUUAUGUGUUAGGAUUGACUUUACCCAAGUUAUUAGAAAGACGACUGCAAACAAAAGUAUUUAAACUGGGAUUAGCAAAAUCUGUACAUCAUGCUAGGGUAUUAAUUAGACAAAGACAUAUAAGAGUUGGUAAACAAAUGGUAGACAUUCCAUCUUUCUUAGUACGUGUGGACUCAGAAAAACACAUCGACUUUUCGACGACUUCACCUUAUGGGGGUGGUAGACCUGGAAGGGUUAAGAGAAAAUCUCUGAGAAACCAAAAAGAGAAAAAUGAGGGCGAAGGAGAAUAA